GCAGCACUUAUUACUAUUAGGAAUACAAUCACCAUUCUCUCUGUCACUGUGACCCAAACCCCCAUUUCUCUCUCUCUCUCUCUCUCUCUCUCUGCCCUAAUCCACCACCGUUCCCACUCUUCGGAACCAAGAUCCAUUUCCCAAUAAUAUCACUUUUCCGUCGUUUUGUCACGUCGUUUCCGUCUGCUCGAGCUGUGCUUCCUGCUCGUGUCGUCGCCGCGCCUCCCUCGCCUCUCUCUCUCUCCUCACGUCUCAGCAGUAACCACCAGAGAGAGUUUAAUUUGUAUUCUGCAACCUUGUUUAUCUUUUUCAAGCACAAGAUCUUCUUCUUCAGUUAGGGGCAACAAGAGGCCGCUUUGUGUUUUGGAACUUGUGACGAUGUUUGGUUCAACGAACCCUUUUGGGCAGUCUUCAUCGAGCCCGUUCGGCUCACAGUCUGUUUUCGGGCAGAAUACUUCUAGCAGCAAUCCAUUUGCCCCUAAGCCUUUUGGUAGUACGAAUCCUUUUGGUUCGCAGACAGGUAGUUCCAUAUUUGGAGGUACUUCAACUGGUGUGUUUGGUGCUGCUCAGCCUUCUUCUCCCUUCUCUUCUACCACAACGUUUGGUGCUUCAUCUUCGCCCGCAUUUGGUAGUUCGGCUCCGGCUUUUGGUGCGUCAUCUUCCACCCCAGCUUUUGGUGGUUCAUCAUCAUCAUUUGGGGGAUCAUCUGUUUUUGGUCAGAAGCCUGUUUUUGGAGGUUUUGGAUCUACUCCCACUCAAACAAGUCCAUUUGGAAGUGCCACCCAGCCGUCACAACCAGCAUUUGGAAGCAGCAUCUUUGGUUCGUCAACUCCUUUUGGUGCAUCGUCUCAGCCAGCGUUUGGUUCCACGGGCACCCCUGCGUUUGGUGCCACAAGCACCCCUGCGUUUGGUGCCUCAAGCACCCCGGCAUUUGGUGCUACUAGCACCCCUGCAUUCGGUGCUGCUAGCACCCCAGCAUUCGGUGCAACUAGCACCCCUGCAUUUGGUUCAACUUCCAGCCCAUCCUUUGGUAACACGGGAAGUGCAUUUGGUGGGUCCAAUACUUCCGUUUUCGGAGGCGGGGGAGCAUUUGGGGCCUCAACUAGCCCUUUUGGUGCAUCAAGUGCUCCUGCAUUUGGCACUUCAAGCACUCCAUUUGGUGCCUCUAGCACUCCGGCUUUUGGAGCUUCUAGUACUCCAGCUUUUGGAGCUUCAAGUACCCCUGCAUUUAGUUUUGGCUCUACUCCAGCUUUUGGUCAGUCUUCUUCUGCAUUUGGUGGCAGCACCCCAUUUGGAAGUACAAGCUCACCUUUUGGAGGGCAGAGUUCUGCAUUCGGAUCCCAGACUCCAUCACCAGCCUUUGGAAAUGCUGGUAUUGGUCAGCCGGGUUUUGGAGGUCAACGGGGUGGAAGUAGAGUAGCUAACUAUACACCAACGACAGAAGCUGAUAGUGGUACCUCUGGACAGACUGCUAAAUUGGAAUCGAUAUCAGCCAUGCCUAUUUACAAAGAAAAAAGCCACGAGGAGCUAAGAUGGGAGGACUAUCAAUUGGGAGAUAAAGGUGGGCCACACUCCUCUGCUCAGACCACUAGUUCGCCAUUUGGAGCAUCUACAACACAGACAAACACCUUUGCUCCUAUACAAGGGUUUGGUCAAACAUCUGCCAACCCUUUUUCUGGCACGACAACUAGUUCUAACCCAUUUGCCCAGAAGACUUCAACUUUUUCUGGAUUUGGUACAACAUCAUCUGCUCCUGCCUUCAGUUCAUCAGCUUUUGGUUCUUCAACAACAGGCGUAUCACAGCCUUCUAUUUUUGGCUCAUCCCCCUCUCCGUUUGGAGCUAACUCUUCUCCGAGCUUUGGGACAUCUUCUACAUCCUUGUUUAAUACUGUUUCUUCUCAGACUUCAUCUUCACCAUUUGGCUCAAGCAUUUUUGGGAACACUCAGCCAUCCCAAUUAUUUAGUUCUAUAGCCCCGCAACCAAGCUCAGGUUUUGGACAGACAUCCUCUCCCUUUGGGCAGACUUCAUCUUUUGGUCAAACUAGCUUGUUCAAUUCACCUUCUUCUGGGCUUGUUGGAAGCAUUUUCUCGAGCAGCUCAUCACUCACAUCUAAUUCUCUGACAGGCUUUGGGCAAACGGCGCCAUCCAUUUCAACACCUUUCCAACAACCACAGACUGCUCAAUCAGGUGGUUCCUUUGCCUUUGGCAACUUCGGCCAGACACAACCAAUUGGUGCAAGUAGCUUCGGGGGCACUCCAGGUAUAUUUGGGCAGAGUAACUUUGGACUGUCGUCUUCUACUCCGAGCUCUGUAGUUGCACAACCAGCACCAAUGACCAAUCCAUUUGGAACACUUCCUGCUUUGCCUCAGAUGUCAAUUGGUCGAGGUGGAACAACUUCAAUUCAAUAUGGAAUCUCUAGCAUGCCUGCUCAAGACAAACCUGCGCCUGUUAGAAUAUCAUCGUUAUUGACUUCUCGACACUUAUCACAAAGACGAGUCAGGGUUCCUCUCCGGAAAUUUCCGUCUAAAACAGAUGGACCAAAGGUUCCAUUCUUUAGUGACGACGAGGACACUCCAACCACUCCAAAGGCUGAUGCACUUUUCAUUCCUAGAGAAAACCCAAGGGCACUGAUUAUUUGUCCCAUGGAGCAAUGGCCUGGAAGGGCUUCAUCUGAGAAAGCAUCACCUUUUAAGGAUAGAAAUACCCCAGUGAAGGAGAAUGGAAGUGCAUCUACUCAACCAGUUAAUGGGACCAGCUCAGCUAGCAAUAAAACUGCAGUGGAAAAUGGGGUUGUCAAGGAGCAUGUUCAGCCUCCAACAAAGCAAGUAUCCAAUGGGAGUGUUGAGGACCAUUCUUCUCAAAAGGCAGAUGUAUACAAGACCCUCAGUGGGCACAGGGCUGGUGAGGCUGCAGUUGUGUAUGAACAUGGAGCUGAUGUUGAGGCACUAAUGCCAAAGCUUCGGCGUUCUGAUUACUAUACACAGCCUCGAAUCCAUGAGCUGGCGGCAAAGGAAAGAGCCGAACCAGGAUUCUGCAGUCAUGUCAAGGACUUUGUGGUCGGAAGGCAAGGUUAUGGCAGCAUCAGAUUCUUGGGUGAGACAGAUGUAAGAGGACUUGACCUUGAGUCCCUUGUUCAGUUCAACAACCGUGAGGUGAUUGUAUACAUGGAUGAUGCAAAGAAGCCACCUGUUGGACAAGGGCUGAAUAAGCCCGCUGAGGUUACUCUCCUUAGCAUCAAAUGUUUUGACAAGAAAACUGGGCAACAAUACACAGAAGGGCCAAAGAUCGAGAAAUACACGGAGAUGCUUAAGAGAAAGGCUGAGGACCAAGGUGCUGAAUUUAUUUCAUACGAUCCCAUUAAAGGAGAAUGGAAAAUCAGGGUCAACCACUUCAGUGUCUACAAGCUGUUGGAUGAAGAAGACUGUGAGGUGGAUGAAUGACAAAAGAACGUUGUUGGGAAUUACUACAGUGAGUUUAAUAUUUUGACAACCAAGUGCCUUUUUUUAUAUGUAAAUUUUUGUUUUUGCCAUGUGUUGAUAGAUUUUGGGUUAAUGUUGUUGAUGCUUUUUUUUUUUUUUUUAUAUAUCAUUUCUUUGGGAGUUCUUCUGUUAGGUCUUUUAGUUGGGGGAUGAUAAAAUGUGGUUUGUCUAGUCUCUUUUGUAUCCCUUCUAAAAUACCAUUCAAUCUACAAGUGGUAAAGUUCCUCUGGACGAGUUUGUUUUUAUUUUAAAGAAUUGUGAUCUUUGAUAUACCAUUCAAUUUA